AAAAAUCGUAAUGACUGAAUGAGUUAUUCCUGUAUUAACAGCCAAAAUAUACGCUAAACAUGUCUUACAGAGAUUUAAGGAAUUUUACUGAGAUGAUGAGAGCACUAGGCUACAACAGACUUAUCUCCAUGGAGAACUUUCGCUCACCCAACUUCCCAUUGGUAGCAGAAAUCCUGGUUUGGCUCACACAUAGGUUUGAUCCUGAUGCAGAUAUUCAUACAGAAUAUCACAGCGAGGACGACAGGGUCAUGAUGGUUCGGUCUGUCGCAGAAUUCAUGGCCGUCAAUGCUGGGGUCAAGUUGAACACCAAGUGGCUCUACCAAGCAGACGGCUAUGCAGUCAAGGAGCUCUUAAAAGUUGCGGGACUGCUUUACGAUGCUUUGAAGGUUGACAGGUCUCCCAAUGAACAGCAUAGUCUGAUCACAUCCUCAAUGAUAGAUCUAUCCUCACGACUUUCAGACUUAAAGUUAACGCGAGAGCUGGCGUCCAGGAUCACAGCAAAAGGAGCGUCCCUAUACCAACUACUGGGGAAAGAAGUUCAGUUGAGGGAAGAGCGGUUGGCAAGCGUGAGUUCUCAGUUGGAGCUGUCAGUCGUAGAGGAGGGCCUCAAAGAAGCAAUCACUACCAGCAAAAACAGUGUUACCACCACUCAAGCUGCCAUAGAAAAUGUUGCCGCAACAGAAACGAGUCUUGACGCCAAAAUUGAAAAAAGGAAACAAGAUCUUGAGCGCAACAACAAACGAUUGCAAACACUCAAAAAAGUCAGACCAGCUUUCCUAGAGGAGUUUGAACGUCUAGAGGUGGAAUUGCGUCGUCUGUACCAAGACUACCUUACCAGGUUUCGCUGUGUUGCAUUCCUCGAGCAGCAACUAGAAGAUGCUGAGCUAGCGGAGCAGGAUCGUUUGGAACUGAGACAGGCGGCAACGAGAAAGAUGUUGGAGAAAAUGCGGCAGGAAGAAGCUUUAAAACUGCUGGAUGAUGAUUUGAUGGACCCAAGCUCAAUUGCACCAACUGAGCCUUUGGAACCAACCAAAGCAGUCCAGUCUCAAGGAUCCAAAAUAACUAGAGUCAGGACCUCAACGGGUGCUGCCGGCAGUAGAGUGUAUGGUGGCAUGAACGUAGGCGAAGACGAGAGUUUGGACAGUGAUAGCGAUCUGUUGUUGGAUGAUGACAACGAAUCAGCUUCCGAUGACGAUUUGGAGCUUCUAGACCCAUCGGGAAACCUGACGGACCACUCGGACGAUGACUUCUAAUUGGGUAGACCCAUAGUAGUUUAAGUUAUAGAAAUAGAGAAUAAACAU